GAACAGCGUGAAGCGUGGAGCCGUGUGUGAGCUGCGCUGGAGCUGCAGCGCAUUUAAAUCCAGACCGUGCAGCAGCAGCCGAAAGCGAAGACAUCUCCUCAUGACUCGGGCUGAGAGACCGGACCCCAGACCAUGACGAUGAGCUUCUUUAGAAAACAAAAGAACCUACACAGUGGGCCGCCAGCUCCAACCAGGAGGACAGAUGACAAUGCAGGGUUUGAGUGGUCACAGGAGGAAUUUGAUGACGAGGAAGAGGACGACGGGGACACGUAUGAAGCGCCUCCCUGUGAGCGCCAGUCUGUGACGGUCCCACAGAGCGAAGUGGAGGAGAACGUCUAUCUGGAGAACCAGGGCAAACCCACGCCUCCACAGAGGCCGGCCGGUUUGCCGCCGAGGCCGACCAAUCCCUCGAAACCCCAACAACGUGCUGACGAUUUCUCCUCUGACCCCAAGACCAAGAAAGCACCUGAGAUCAACCGCACUGAGAAACCCGGGAGGAAGAUGAUGAUGCCCCCCUCACCGGUCCGCUGUGCUCCGGUUCCAGAGGCUGCGUCCAACACAGAGGAAGAUGUGUAUCUGGAUCCCAAUGAAGAACAGGAGGACAGCGAUGACGUGUAUGUGGAACCCACGGCGGCUUGCACCCCGGCCACUCGCGCGCCGAUCAGGGUGCCUCCGUCUCCCAACACGGGCCUCGUACCUUCCCCCACACCCGUCUGCAGGAUGAAGCCGCCGGUUCCCAGAGCUCAGUCUAAUUCCCUCUUUCCUUCCUCGAACGAGUUAAAAACAGCAGCGUCUUCAGUGGAGGUGAGACGCGCCGUGUUUCCCGCCAAACUCCCCCCACCAACUCCCAGCGGGAAGCCCCCCCUGCCAGGCAACCUGAAGGAAGCUAAAUGCAGCCUUCUCAAUCCUCCUGUGGCAGAAACUAAGACAGCUGCCUCCUCUGGUGGUAUGAAGACGACCAAACAAAGCGGGUUGGAGGACAAAGAGUGGUUUGCUGGGUCCUGCAACAGGAAGACGGCCAUUGAUCUCCUGCUGAGGCUCAACAAGGACGGCGCCUUUCUCAUACGACACAGCUCGGCCCAGGGCGGCCGCCAGCCGUACACGCUCGCCGUGCUCUACCAGCAGAAGGUCUUCAACAUACCCAUCCGCUUCCUGGGGGAGACCCGAGGUUACGCCCUUGGGAAGGAGGGCAAGAAGAAUGAAGAGGUUUUCGGCACCCUCGACGAGAUGAUUUCCCACCACAACAAUAACCAGCUGCUGCUGAUCGACAGCCAGAGUCAGGCCAAGCGCACCACGUAUCUGACGUAUCCCGCACGCCCUUAACAGAAAACCAAGAUGUAUUCAUAUGAGUUUUAUGAGGAUAAUAGCACAGUUUAAAAGUUUUCUGCCAAAAAGUGUCAACAAAUUCUAACUCUAACUGCUAGAGUGUUGUUUUAAAUAGACAACGCAAACGUCUAAUGCCCCAAAACAGAGAUUAAAUGUCACGAGCACCAGCUUCCCCGUGACGUGACGAGAGCUGAAAGUUAAAGCUCGGGGGUGUUCCUGUUUUCUGGUCGUUUUAUUGCAUCAACUGCAAAAAAUUGUAACGGUGAAAAAGAAAAGAUAAAAAAUGUGUUGCUGUGUUUUUUUACGCUCCUCUUCCUCAUCGGAUACAUGAUGAUGAUGAUGCUCUCAGAUCCCUGGAAUUUUACUCGUUUCUAAACAUUAAAAUCUUUUGAAUUCUGGUGAUAUGAGAUAUCAAACACUUCCACCUUCA